AUGACGCGCCGCUCGUUCCGGAAAAUGAUUCAACCAGAAAUCUCCCCUCCUCUUUUUUUUUAUCGGCGAAUGUGUUAUUCUGUCUUCGUGAUAAUUGUUUAAUUUGCAUAAUUUCAUCGACGUUGCGUUGUGGUUUUCAUUCACGCGUGCCGAAGAUUGUGGGGUGAGUUUGAUAAGAAUGAAGUGAUUUUGUGUGAAUUUGGUGGUUACUGUUGUGCGAUUAGGAUUGUGAGGUGGGCUCUCCUCUCAGGUUCGCAGGUACGUGCACAUAGGUAUACGCGCACUCGAUUGGCGUCGACCGGCGUCCCGGGAGGGGCGCGACGCCAGCCAAGAACGAACGUUGAUACUAAACCGCGGGCCGAGCUGCUCCGAACGACAGUUCAACGAGCGUGUGUUCCGAGGCCGGAUCACGGUGGUCCACAGGACCGAUUCGCGUGCAGAUUUCCACGGUCGUUCGAGGGCCGCGUGCACGAUCCACGAUAUCUGUCAAACUCGGUGACGUUUAUCGAUCGGUCCAGAAACGAUUCCCAGUGAUAAAACCGCGUGAUUCGGGGCCAGACGACGUGAAUCAAAAUCCAUAUAUAUAUAUUUUUGAAAUUUCGUUCGCGUACCUUGUUGUUUACAAGUGCCGGCUCGAUAUGGUGGACCACGACAGUGUUCGAUAACAAUUGUGUAUCGUUACCGGAUUGAUAUACCGUCGAUCGUAUUCGCCAGGACGAGUGUGCCACGUGAAACCGCGGACCGCGUUGUGACUAACCACCAAUCGACAGAGAGGGGAGAGGGAGAGAGAGGGAGAGGGAGAGUGAGAGAGAGAUAGAGAGAGAUAGAGUGAGAGGGACAGAGAGAGAGAGAGAGAGAGAAAGGAAAGGAUACUUUACUCACCCCACGAAGUAUCAUCGAUGAUCGCCUUCCGAAAUCGAUCGUACGUCACGGUUAGCGAGUACCUUUAACGGCUACAACAACGUCAACGACGACGACCACGACGACAGCCCGUCAAGAUCGGUGACCGUCGACGCUACUACGUCCCCGUAUAACAGUACACCCAGCCCCCGGUAUAUACGUGUGCAUGUGUGCGGCGUCCGUGUACGUAUUGUGUGUGUGUUUACAUUGAAUCAGUGCCUCGUUUCGAAACAUCAUGAUCCGUCGACGCGAGUGCGAUCGAGUACUCUGGAGUGCCGGCGAGGGUGUUUCUAGUGCGAUGCUCGGGGUUGCCGUCUGCGUGCGGGUUUCGAGAUGCGUUCUGCGGUGCGUCAGCCACGAGUAACUGCAAUUGGAGGCCGGUGGACCCGUAUAUAUACCGGUUACUUGGCCACCGAGUGAUCGUAGUGUGCGGACUAACCGCCGGAGUAAUUAAUCCGACGUAUGUGCGGACAGACAUCCCCCGUUGCUGCGCGCGGAGUCAAUCACUGACGACGGAUUCGGUGAUCCCGAUACCGGUGCACGAGAGCGCGCGCGGGCGCACGAUCAAUCGCGGCGGACCGAAAACCCCUCUGCCAGAUUCAGAUUCACCUGUCGACGAUAAUAGAUAGUUAAGAAUCGGGAACGAACGCCGAGCAGCGAUAGAGACGGACAACGGGGACAGAAGAGGACAGAGGCGAGGUAGAGGCGACCGGAACGAGGGAGAGGGAGGGAACGGAAGCCUAGAUCGGCCCGAUAAGUUGGCACACGCGCGAGAACGUGUUCGGUCAUUAAUAAACACAAAAGCGUGGCCGAGUAGCGCGAUGCACACCGGGACUGACCGUUUUGAAUUGUUCGCGCGUGACCAAUUGAAUCCGAUCCUGUACCGUUCGUUAUCGGCCGCGGGACGUCAACGUUGCCCGUCUAGCGGAUAACUUGAGCCGGUGGACCAGAGAGCGCAGAUUACCGCGGGAGGUUAAUUAAAAAAAAGCCCGGAACGACGUGGGACGAGCGACGAUAUUGGCAAACUCGUCGAUAUCGACGUCCCUUCGCCGCGGACUGACGUCUCGUGUUGAUAAACAUUUUUUUGCCGAUGCCGAGGGAGAGGGGCCGCGCGCUCGGCAGCCCGAGUGGACAUCUUUCUUCGUGCGCGGACGACUGAUCAUCGGCGUCGUGACUGGAAUACCGCCCGAUGUCACCUGCUUACGGCAACAGCGAUCGGGUAUCUUUUCGGGAAGGCCGGAGCAGCCGCGAACCACGUCCGAAGUGAUCGAGAGCGUCGAAUUCUAAAAAGAACGACGCCCGGUCCGUGAAGAGUAUCAUUUUCCCCACCACUCCACGGAUGCCCGACCGUGUGCACGAGGAAUUCCUACUAGCGGAAGAGGACUUAGCCACGGCCGACUUCCCGCGAAGUUAAUUAGCCCAGGCCCGGCCGCCAUCGGCGAUAUUUCAAAUCCGCCCGUGAACGUGUACCCGGUGGAUAAAGUAAAUGAACGACGCCGAUUACUCGAACGGAUAAUUAAUCAGGGUCUCCGGACGAAAGGAGACAUUCAUUCCGCACGACCAAUCAUCGGGCCGGGCCGGGACCGGCCCGCUGAUCACCUUGCGGUGUGUGUACAUCAUUCGAUCCGCGAUUCGGUGGAACGUCUUAAUUAAUAAUCACGCGAACCCAUUGAAAUUCGUGCGUCGUUUCGCAUAUUAAGGAGGGCAAUUAAAGGAAAAAAAACCGCCGGAGCGGCGGCGGCGGCGGCGGCGGCGGCAGCGGCGACGACGACGACGGCGAGUUCGUGUGGCGGCCGUGAAACGGGCAGAAAACGAACCGUGGCAACGGCGACGAGAACUUGGUCGUCCCCUCGUCGUCUACUUUUUACCUCGUUUCGCGAACACCGAGGAAGAGUUCUUACGCCGCACGCGAGAGGGACCUUAAGCACGCAGGCACGCACGCACGCACGCACUCGCGCACCCCUUCGAGGGGGAGGACCGAACACCGGGAGAAACCCUGCGCCGCCGGCGAUCUUGAUUUCCUCUUGGUUUUUUCGAUCGUUUCUCUUUGGAACUCGUGACCGCUUUUGGAUCGUUCCUUGGACUACCUGGAGCACCGUAUCGAGACACCCGUCAGCGACUCGGGACGAGAGGCGAGUACCCUGGAAAAAUUGCGCGUAGUCGGAGCUCGGAACUUCACGAUGGAGUGCCGCAAGGGUCGACGGAAAGGUCUACUCAGUGGCCUGGUGUUUGCGUGGCUCCUAACCAGCGGUUGUACCGUCGCGGCGCGAAAUAUAGAGAGGUACGACACAGCGUACGCCUGCGAGGGCAAAACACUGUUCAUCGAGUGCGACGAGGGAAAGCUGAUCCACCUCAUCAGAGCGAACUACGGGAGGUUCUCGAUAACGAUGUGCAACGAGCACGGGAACACCGACUGGAGCGUCAACUGCAUGUCGCCCAAGUCCUUCCGUGUGCUGAACAGCGAGUGCAACGACCAGCAGAACUGCAGCAUCCUUGCGUCCACGGUACAAUUUGGCGAUCCUUGUCCCAACACGCACAAGUACCUCGAGGCGCACUAUCGUUGCGUGUCCGCGGCAACAACCACGACAACGUCCCGUCCGAGCCCGCCGUGGUUCAUGACUUCGCAGCCGAGCGUUUGGAGCACGGCUAAGCCGACUGUCAGGCCUCCCUCCAGGAUUACGACACCCCCGGCUCAGCAGCCGCCGCAGCCGCCGGCGCCGUCCACCCCGACGCUGCCAAUAACCACCACGUCAAGUCCCACGUCGACAAGGUCUCCGGUCGAUAUGGAGGUCCUCGAGGUGGACCAGGACUUAAUACUUCCCCCGAACGUUCCGUCUGCGAACGGACCAGCGGUGCCUCCGAUCGUCCCUGAGACCACUCAGGCCACAACGACGUCGACCUUUGCUCCUUGGAGAACGAGUCGAAGGACCACUGUGCCGAGCACGCUGUACCCGGAGUCCAGCUCGAAUGGCCAAUGGUACGACUACGGUAGACAAGUGUGUCCCCCGGUGCAGGCCAGGAACCUCUCGUGGAACACGACCAGGGCCGGUGACGUCGCUGUGCAAAGCUGUCCAGGCGGGGCGAACGGUCUUGCCCGAUGGCGAUGCCUGGCGAAGGGUGACUCGGCGUUCUGGCACCGGGACAGUCCCGAUUUGAGCGAGUGCAGAUCGGUCUGGCUAACCACGCUCGAGAACCGAGUGACCGAGGGCGACGUGAUCCUCGGCAUCAGCCGGGAAUUGUCGCAGGUGACGAACAACAGCCGCGGCCUGUACGGCGGCGACAUGAUGAUCACGACGAAGAUCAUGAAGAAUAUGGCGGAGAAAAUGGCGCAGGACAUCAGGACGUACCAGGACGCGAAUCAAAGGGAGGUCAGCGUGACGGAGUUACUGCAGGGUGUCGUCAGGACCGGUAGCAAUCUGCUGGACAAGGCGCAGAUGCCGUCCUGGAAGGACCUCAGCCAUCAGGAGCAGAUGAGAGUCGCGACCUCCCUAUUGACUGGACUCGAAGAGAAUGCGUUUCUCUUGGCUGACACGCUGAUGCAGGAGAAAACGAUCACUCAUGUGGGGAGGAACAUACUCAUGGAAGUGCGCGUACUGGACGCCCGUAACAUCGGUGAUGAUCUGGAAGUAUUCCCGACCGAGGCAGCUCAGCAGAGGUGGACAGCUUCAAACGAUCGGGUGGAGUUGACUAGUGGCGCUUUGCUAGAGAACAGCGCGGGAGGUAUUGUCCGCUUAGUCUUCAUGGCCUUUGACAGACUCGAAGAGAUCCUGCAGCCGCAAGCCGAGGUAUCGUCGCUAGUCAUGAACGACGACCCGCAACCGCUGCCGAAAAGGAACACGACCAGGCUCCUCAACAGCAAAGUGAUCUCCGCGUCUUUGGGCAAAGGAAGGCAUAUACAGCUCAGCGAGCCCGUUAGAGUCUAUUUCAAGCAUUUGUCCAUUGAGAACGUAACCAAUCCUACUUGCGUCUUCUGGGACUACAUCCUCAGCGCUUGGUCGGAGGAAGGCUGCCAGAUACGCAAGACCAACGAGACGCACACCGUCUGCGAGUGCAACCAUCUCACGAACUUCGCGGUUCUCAUGGACGUUCACGCGAUAAGAUUGGACAUCGCUCAUCAAGUCGCGUUGCAGAUCAUCACCUACAUCGGUUGCAUCAUUUCCGUUGUCUGCCUCGUUCUCGCUAUUCUGACCUUUCAAUUAUUUCGCGGACUCAAGUCGGACAGGACGACCAUCCACAAGAAUCUCUGCGUGUGCCUGCUGAUCGCGGAAAUUUUAUUCGUUUGCGGAAUCGGUCAAACGAAUCAGAGAAUUGUCUGCGGUAUCGUCGCCGGAUUGUUGCACUUCUUCUUCCUGUGCGCGUUCGCCUGGAUGUUCCUCGAAGGAUUCCAAUUAUACGUGAUGCUGAUCGAGGUCUUCGAAGCGGAAAAAUCGAGACUACGCUGGUACUAUCUGGUCGCCUACGGUGCCCCGCUGCUGGUCGUGGCUAUUUCUUGUAUAAUCGAUCCUCUCAGCUACGGGACCGAUCGGUACUGCUGGCUGCGGGCGGAUAACUACUUCAUCUUCAGCUUCGUUGGACCUGUGAUACUCGUUAUAUUGGCGAACUUGGUAUUCCUGUCGAUGGCUAUUUACAUGAUGUGCCGGCACGCGAACACGACGGUCGCGAUGAAGAGUAAGGAGCACUCCCGAUUGGCCAGUGCAAGUGGAAAGGAAGAGAAUGCUCUUCCCAACAAAUUGCAAGCGCACUUGGCAUGGCUGCGGGGCGCAAUCGUCCUGGUCUUUCUGCUGGGGCUCACCUGGACAUUCGGGCUCCUCUACUUGAACCAAGAGUCCGUCGUGAUGGCGUACAUCUUCACCAUAUUGAAUAGUCUGCAGGGGCUGUUUAUCUUUGUGUUCCAUUGCGUUCAGAACGAGAAGGUGAGGAAGGAGUACAGGAAGUUCGUGCGCCGCCAUUCAUGGCUGCCCAAGUGCCUGAGGUGCUCGAAGACGGUGACCGGAAGCUCCGGCGGCUCUUCCGGUACCAGCGGCGGCGCUGGCGGCGCGAACGGCGGCAAGGACUUCGUCUCGCACAACACCUCGUCGAACCCGUCCGCGCCGACUACCGACAGCUCCGGAUUGUCGCCGCAUACCGCCUCCAAUAACAUUUCUUUUAAAUCGUAUUCCCGCGACUCCGGACACGGCGGCUCCGAGCAGGAGGACUCCCCCAGGACGCACAACACACUGACCCUAGGCCACUCGGGUCGGAACCGCGGCGGGCGUGGCAUCAACGAGAACAACGAGAUCAGCGGCACGAGGACCACCGGCGGCGGCAGGAGGGCCGCGAUGCCGUACAAUCACACGUACACGGAGAUCAUCGACGGCAGGGCGAACGGUCCGGGUCACCAUCAGCUGCACGGCCAUCACGGCCAGCACGUGCAUCUGCCGCGCGGAUUGGCGAACGAGGACGAUCCGGUGUACGAGGAGAUCGAGCGCGCCGGCGUCGGCGGCGGCGGAGAGAUCCAGGUGUCCGACAUGUCGGACGAGGACGGCAGGAGGCAGAGCGACAUGAGCAGGCAGUCCUCGAGGAGUUACGGUGAUCACAGGCCGCUGAUACCGUACUCGCCCGCGACGGACAGGAACCUGGUGCACUACGGGCAGACGCUGACGGACCGCGGCGGCGGCGGCGGCAACAUGCACUACGACCCGUCCGAGUACAGUCCCGCGGUCGAGAGGACCCUGAACGCUUGCUGGGAGAAGCUGCGGAAGCAGCAGGCGAGGUACGAGCGCGGCGAGCUGCCUCGCCUGCCGGCCACCUACGGCAUACCGCCCCAGCAAGAUCACACGAGAACGGUCGCGGUUCUGGACGGCCACACGGUCGUCUGUCACCUACAGCCGCAGACGGACAUGUACACCGGCCGCGGGAUGCCGCCGCCAUCCUACAGCGAGUGUUAGGACACGCCCACGCCGGCGGGAUCUCGUCGUCCUGUUGGUCUUCCGGGGCUAGGACGACGGACGCGCUCCUCGACGUCCGGUCACCGGUUGACGCCUGGACACUGGCCGUCGACGGAGCCCGGUCUAGACGACUGGACGCGUCGCCGACGGGCCGAGGAGCCGCGUCCUUGCCAUGAACCAGGGGGUCCAGAAGUACCUAACACACCCCCUGACGACGACGACGACGACGACGACGACGACGACGACGACGACGAUGACGAAGACGAUGACGACGACUACGACGGUGGCUCGUUCCUGAAGGGGGCCACGAUUCCGGAGCGACCAACGUGUCACGGGUCGCAUCCCCGUUUGCCCAGAGCGCGCUCGGGGACAACGUUUUUAGCUCAAACGUGAACGCGGCUGCUCGACGGCUGGCCGCGUUUCAUUAGCCAUAACGAUUUAAACCCGGGGCCGUCUGAGACCGGCCCCACCUAUACAUUUUUACGUUUCCGUUUCCAUUUUCCGUUUUCCGUUGUUUCGAAGCCGUGGCAAGCCAAGAACCGCGUGGCUGCCAGUGGGAGGAGGACCCGACCUAGGACACCGGACACGACUCUCUCGCGUCUUCUCGAGUGUGUGACCGCUGGGAAUCGAAUUCUGUAGCGAUAGGACUAUUAAUAGUGCGACGGACCUCUGUUCGUAGGGUGUAAGCCGUAACCCGUUGUACCGUCGACGCGUGCGUAAACGGGAUUGGUUUCGCAGUGACGAGUGUCGGCGCGGGGAACGAUGACAGACGGAACGGCGGGAGCCUUGCUUCGGUCGGCGAGACCGAGGAGGCCGCUCCGCUAUCGGGACCGGUUUCGAGGGACAGCUCUCGCUCGUCGUCGCUGGGAGAUCGUUGUCGUCACGGAGCUGCGCGGAAGCGCGACCGCUUCCUUCCUCGUGUUUGUCCUUCGGCGACGACCGAUUUAUUAUUAACGUUCGUCGCGCACCCUCGAAGCUCGUCCUCCGCGUGCGUUCCGUUGGCGAUCGGGGGAACGUUCCUCGACGAAUGUAGUCGAUGCACUCGGUCCGCUUCGUUUGUUAACGAGAAGGCGUCGCGUUCGUUCGGCUCGCGGGUUGUGAGAAUGCUUCGGUCGAUGGCUCGCCGAGCGGACGGCGCGGAUGAGGAUUCAGUUAGACAUAUCGUCGUCGAUGGGGACGACUCGGCGCGCGUCUCCUCGUUAAACGGUAUCGGCGUGUAUUCGAUCGCGAUUCCCCUCC